UCAGUCGUGCGCUGGUUUGGCGCUGAAAACCAACAGCUUCGCCAUCUUAAAGGGAAAAGAGGGGAUUAAUGGUGUUGGCCCGAGUCGCUCAUUCAUUCCACCGGUACCUAUUCGAAUAGUUCGUCUGCAAUCAGAAUUUAAACAUAAGGGGCGCGAUUAGCUGGACAACUGGUGAUGUCAUUGAGGGGUGACUGACAGAAGGGGCGUCCCCAGUGCUGGGUGAGGUAUGAUGACACAUGGUACAUGAUGUAAAAAGUGACGUCAGUGCAGGGUGGGCCUAGUGACGUCCCAGCGUAGCGUGGCGACGCUACGCCACACCGCCACCAGCCUAGGCCUGUGCGCCGUGAGCUGUCGCCGUGGACCGGCGCCGGGUCGUGGGCCAUCCAGUGGCGCCGAGGUCCUGAGGCUGACGGCUGUAGCACACACUUCAGGAUGAUGCGGUGCCUCUCCUUGCCUUCCUGCUGGGACCGACAGUGCACCUUUGGCCUGCUUCUGGCCUCACAGCUCCUGUUCCUGCUUUAUUACACGUUCGGCGGGAUCCGCAGCGUGGCCUCCCUGCUGUGGCGGGGGUCCCAGCCUGUCUGGGACUACUCCAGGACGCAGGACGUCUACACCAACAUCAGCCUGAUUCAGCAGCCCGUACCAGAGACCCAACACCUUUUCUAUUGCCCCCAGCAACCUCCCCAUCUAGUUGGCCCACUGGCCAUUUCCUUUAACCGGACGCCCUCACUGGAUGAGAUCCAGGUCCGGAACCCUCUGGUGAGGCCGGGAGGGUUCUAUGCACCGCCGAACUGCCAGGCCCGUCACCGGACAGCUGUGAUUGUUCCACACCGACACAGGGAGCCUCACCUUCGGCACUUCCUCUACUACCUGCACCCCUUCCUGCAGCGGCAGCAGCUACAGUACGGGCUCUACGUCAUCCACCAGGCUGGGAACGAGACCUUCAACCGUGCCAAGCUGCUGAAUGUGGGCGUGAAGGAAGCGAUGAAGGAUGAGGACUGGGACUGCCUCUUCCUCCACGACGUGGAUCUCAUCCCAGAGAACGACCACAACAUUUACACCUGCGACCCUGAUCACCCGAAGCAUGUCUCCAUUGCCAUGAACAAGUUCGGCUACCAACUGCCGUACAAGACAUACUUUGGAGGUGUAUCUGCCGUGACACCUGAGCAGUACCUACGAAUGAAUGGAUUCCCCAAUGAGUACUGGGGCUGGGGGGGUGAAGAUGAUGAUAUCGCUACCAGGAACACCGGCAAUUUAAGGUUGCAGCUGGCCGGUAUGAGCAUCUCCCGCCCUUCCCUCUCUCUGGGGCGCUACAAAAUGAUCAAACACAACUUGGACCAAGGAAAUGAGCAGAACCCACGGAGGUUUGACCUACUACUCCGCACCCGCCGGUCCUGGACACAGGAUGGGAUGAACUCUCUGGUCUAUACUACCCUUGCUCGCCAGCACCUUCCUUUGUUCACCAACGUGACCGUGGACAUCGGCCCAGCUCCUCGGCAGCAGCGAGCGACUCCCACGCCCCCCUCACUUGCAGGGGGUUCUCUGUCAGAGAGGUCGAGGGGAGUGUGACUUACCCCUGCCACCUUCAACAGUCUUGCUGUAUGUUUAUACUGGAGUCGGGUGAACUCGUGGACACAGUGGUUUGCGGGGUGUGUCUGGCUGGGCCAUGCUCAGAGUAUCGGUUUGGUGGGAUAGGGCUGUGGGUCAGUCAGAUCUUCAGCAGCCAUCACUUGCCCCACCACAGCAUCUCUCUCCCCACUCCUGCUGUCCCAGCCAGAGCCGGUUAGGGGGCACAGCCUUACGGUGUUGUCGUGGGAAUCGCUGUCUGUGUUGUUGGAUACAGUGGGGAGCAGGUCAUCACCUUGUGUAUGUGUGAGUGGUCAUGAGUGCACUGGAGUGUGUCUGACCACCUGUUUGCAGGUCUUGCAUCACUACCUGUGUGUGUGAGAGCCUGUCUUUUUAAUUCCGUGUGUGUGUGUUUAUAUCUGGGUGUGUAUGUACACGUGUGAGAAACUGUAUCCAUGUGGGUAUGCCUGUGGCUGUGUGCAGCUGUAUGUCUGUGUGUAUCCAAACUUUGUCCCUGAAGACGUGUGGAAUGCAAGUCUGUCAUCUUUGAUAAUGUACUUUAAAUCUCUGUUUUAAUUUUUUAGUGAAAAUCUAUAAAUGGAGAUAAAUAGUUUAAUUUUUGUACAACUUCCUGGUCUCUGUCUUUCAAAUUUUGAGCGAAACUGCCGUUACACUGUACCAACAAUACACUCCUGGGACAGGGAUAGACAGAGUGAAGCUCCCUCCAUACUGUCCCAUCACACACUCCCAGGGAAUGGGUCAGACACAGAGUGAAGCGCCCUCUACACUGUCCCAUCACACACUCCCAGAGCACAGGUUAGACACAGAGUGAGGUUCCCUCUACACUGUCCCAUCACACACUCCCAGGACACAGGUCAGACACAGAGUGAAACUCCCUCUACACUCUCCCAUCACACACUCCCAGGACACGGGUCAGACACAGAGUAAAGUUGCCUCUACACUGUCCCAUCACACACUCCCAGGACACGGGUCAGACACAGAGUG